AUGCUUUUUAUAUUGAUCGUUGUUCCUCUCGCCUUUCUUUAUUGGAAAACGUGUUUGACGAUGCCUUCUUGGGACGACUUUGACGCGGACCAAGAAGAAGUUUUUGGAUCAAGUUAUCAGGUCACUUUCACACUUUCCUUGUAAUUUUUGUGAUCUUUAGGUUGAUCCAAAAAUUGUCAAAUCGUCCGAAAAAGAUAUGAACGAUCCGCUGAGGAAAGUCAAGGUUUUGUCUGAUUAGAAAUAUUGAAAAGAAAGUGACUUUUUAGAUCAAUGUGACCUCAUGUUUGUUGGCAGAAGCGAACUACGUCACGGCUGAACAUAUUAGGGCCAGAUUGAUUUGAGUUUUUUUUUCAGAAUUCAUAAAUUUGAAGAUUUUUCACGAAAUUUUGCUCAUAAUUAACCUCAAAAAAGCAUUUUUUUUUUUGACUCAAAAUUUCCGUUUCGAAGUGAUAAAUAGGCUUUCAGUGAGGAACAGGACUGCUAUCUCAUUUCCAAAGAUUACGGCUGCCAUACGAUCGACGAACUUUUCCAAAAAAUGUCCGACAAGCUCCUCUGGGCAAAGGAUAAAAACGGCGAUUUUGUGUGAAUUUUUUUUUGAAUUCAAAAUUUUUUAUACAUAAGUUUGAAAAAAAUUGGUAUGAUGUAUAUAGAAUAAAGAUUACGUGGGAGAUAAAACCACUAUAUAAAUAUCUUGGGAAGUCGUCUCGCCAGCCGCGCCUCCUCUCCGCCAACGUCUGAAGACGACGAGCCCGCCAGUCGUCACCAGCCAAAGGACACCCCGGCCACCUUUUCGAUACUCCCAAAUAUGAAUAAAAGGGUUGUACGAAUUGUAAUCCGUCUGAUACGUACACUCAUACAUCCUUUUAUUCAUAUUUGGGAGUAUCGAGAAGAAGGCUAAGGCGCCGGGGUGUCCUUUGACUGGGGACGACUGGAGGAUUUUAUAAUGAAUAUUGCUAACUUGUUUACGUUGGAACUUUUUAUUUCCUUCAUUUUAGAAUAGAUCGCAAUUUACAGUCAGAAGUAGAAAGGAAACCCUAAACUGCGCAGAAAAAGUUGAAAAAAAAAUUUUUUUUUUCUACUUUUUUAUGGUCUUUUUGAUGGAGAUGUGUUUUUCAAAUGCGAGAUUAAGUUUUUUGAAGAUUUUGGUCGAUAAAAAAACUUUUCAGGCUCUAAACUUUCAAAAAAAAAAAAAUUUAAAUUACCCAAAGGUUAGAAAAAAAAACUCGUUGAAAUUGUUAAAUACCGGUGAAAAUCGAUAAUUUAGUGAGUCUUUUUCUUUAAAUUUUCAAGUUUUUCUAGGAGUCUGUUUUGAUCCUUGGUAUUUUUUUCAAUUGGAAAGAAAGGAUUUUACACUAAGACUUAGCGAUAGUCCUUUCCAGUCCCCAUCUUCUCUCUCCUAAGUCUCUGAAACUAUUCAGCUACUCGUUGCGAAGAAAUGCGCAGCUGGACGAUCUGGCGGAAAUGGUCGCAAAGCAGAGGACAAAAGAACAGACAGAACGGGAGCGCGCCAAAGUUCGCGGCCGAACCGAACUCCUGCGCCCCGUCAAGGGACCUUCAACCUACGGAGCCGCCUUUAAAAAGCAUUAUCAACGUAGAUUUUUUCCCUAUUGUUCUAAAUUUUUUCUCCGUUUUAUUUUUACUCUUGUUGAACCUGUUAUUUUUCUGACAGAAUCUAUGAUUUUAUUUUCUCUCGUGUCGAAUUUUCUCAAAAUAUGCGUUGAGCUCAUCAAUGGCGUGUUUUUCCGAAGAAAAGUUCACGAAAUUGAGCAGCAACAAGAGAAAAAAAGCUAGACUAAACGCUUAAAAUUUGCUGGCUUUAAUCUCUAAAGCCACUCAGGACUCACAAACUAACUAUUUCCAUGUUGUCUGCUUUAGGGUCACAAAAAAGAAAAUUUCAACUGGUUUACAGAAAGUUUGGAACGGAAAAAAUAACGCGAAAAUGACGCGAUUUCGAGUCAAUUAUAGAAAUAGUUUCCAUGUUUUUUUACAUCAGCUGUUCUCAUUUGAUCUCCAUAUCAAAAUCAUAGUCCAUUCGGCGCCCGUUUGUCACGUUUUUUUUCGCCAAAAAAACCAUAUUCCGAAUCAGAUCAAAAAUUGACCCCACUCUGCUUGGAGAUCUUUGUAUUUUGCUGUCCUUUUGCAGUUUUGUAGAGCAAAAGGGCGGAAAAAAGAGCUGUAUUUACGGUAAGGUUUUUUUUUUCUGCUGCUCUUCCGAAACGCGACCGCCUCCUGAAUACUGUUUUCCAUAUUUUCAAGAGCCCAUGAAACUAUAAACUUUUCAAUGACGAAUAGACAUGAGUCGAAAUAAUUCCAGUAGAGCAAAUCGAUCAGUUUUUUUUUUUCGCGCGACUUUUUCCCCAACCAGCGGUAAAUCGGAGAAACGGAAUCAUCUCAAUUGUUUUGGCAGUCUUUUUUCUUCUACUUUCUGCAUUCUCGUUAUCGUUUUUUCAGAAACACAUCCCUUGAUUUCCAAAGUCACGUAGACAUUUUCUUGGAUUUAAUAAAAAUAGGCUUGUUCAGUGCAUUUGCUAAAAAAAAUUCGGUGACUCUAAUUUUGAAAAAAGACAAAAAUGCAGUGAAGUAAGUGUUAACAAUGUUUGAUCAAGUCUUACGACACUAGAGCGCAUUUCAAAAAAACAAUGCUUUUAGAACAAACAAGAUUUUAUACAUUUUUGAAAAAAAAGUUUUUAUCAAUAGAGCAUAAUUCUUAAAAUAUAAUAUUGACGCUAAUUGUAGUUAACUUCGAUGAAAAAUGGUAAAUUUUGCAGGGAAACGCCCCGUUUCAGUUCCCGACGAAUCCGUUCUCUCCGACAUGAAUCAAAGAAGGUUCCGUAUCAUCUUUUCGUUUUUUGAUUUUUCAUGCUUAGAUCACCAAGGCAAGGAGGACUUCCUGAACUGAGAAGUCAUGGAAAGACGGAACAGCGCGUGAGUUUCAAAAAAGAAAUAUUCUUUUCUGAUCUAGAAAUUCUAUUUUUGUUUUUUUUUUUGUGAAAUCUUUUUUUUCUUGCUUAUCAGUUCAUACGUAGUUUAACUUAAGAAUUUUUCGGCUAACUUUUUGAAAUUUUCAGUGCAUAGAGAUCAACGAUUUCUUGUGCAAAAAUGGCGCUUUCGUUGAGGAGAACGGUUCUCGCUACUAUUUCAUGAAGCUUGGAGAUCUGGAACAGAAAUUCUUCGACUACUACCAGAGACCCAUGUGGAUCAAGCGCAUGAACGAAAAGUUUAUUAUAUAUUUUUUUGAAAAAUGGAUAAAAUGGCCUUUUCUAUCAGCUUUUAUUUGGAUUGUUUGGAAGCUUUUCAUUGUCUGUUCAGAUUUUGAAUGUCAAGUAAAAUAACGUCGGUCUAAAACGCUCUGUAGAAGACUCGCUUUCUUAUUGGUUCAUCGCGCCAUUAGAAGCGGAGCUUGAGCGAUGACUUGACAUUCAGAAUCUGAACAGUCUAUAAAAAUUGAAGACUAGAACUCUCUUAUUCGUCACUUCAGAGAACUGUACGCGGCUUUUACGGAACCGGAAUGGGCUGGAUUCUUCAAAAUCAGACGCAAUUUCAAGGUUUUAUCCUUUUUCAAUUCGAAAAACGAGAAAUGUUAAGGGCUUUUUCGAAAUUCUCUGCUUUGAACGUAACGCUGAGUCCCCGUCCACGUCAGAAGAGGGUUAAAAUAUAAUAUUCAAAUACUCCGAUACAAAAAAUUUUUGCAGAAGGUCGACCAUAUGAUCGCGACGAACUUGUGGAUGCGAAGUUAAAGCUUCCGAUACAGCCGAUUGGACGAAGAGAUCCGCCAUUCAACGAUUUCCCCACUCUUCAUAAAGAGAAUAAUAACUAUGUACUUAUUUUGUUAUGUUCAAUUAUUUUAUGUUGUUUUGAUCUUUCCAGCCCUACCCGCGGCUCAGUUUUUCCCUCCGAAACCAUGUUUUUUUGCAUUUGACAGCUCUCAUAGCAAUCAAAUCAAGUCUAUAACUAAACGGUCAAUUAGAAAAAAAGGUGAAAGUUCUGACGUGAAACAGGGUUUGAAACUCUCCAGUCUUACUGUAGCUCGUUUUUCCGUGACUCGUGUACAACAGACGAAACGUGUAAGAUGACGCCAUAGCUUAUUGAGCGUUUCAUUUUCAGUUUUUUUCGCCAAUUUUCAUUUUUUUUUUAUUGUGAAAAAAAAAUUUGGCUUCGAAACGUUCUUUCGAAAGUUUGAAUUUCGUUUUCUGUUCUGGGUAAGAAUAUAGUCAAAAUUCAUUCGAAAGUUCAUCUUUUUCGAAAAUGUUAUGAUUUUUUCUGAUAGGAAUUGUUUCGAAGUUUCAAAUGGCGUUCAUUGUAAUUUUCUCCACAUUUUUUUUAGUUCAGAGGCCUUUCAGAAGUUCAAGCUUCUUUUCAUAAUAUUUUUUUCUAAAAGCCCAUUUUUCAUUGUUUUCGAUCAAAUUGAAGAUUUGUUUCGACCAAUUUCUUUUAUUUUUCAGAAAACUCGGAAAACUUACAAAAUGCAAAACGGCUACGGUUUCAACAGAGGAACCCAUGUUUCUCGCGUCUCUAACGGAGCUCUGCCGAAUGCCGGAAACGGAUUUUUGGACGACGAAGACGACGGCUGGACUACGAAGAAAUUGCCGGUCAUGAACACUACGUUCUCCGGUUUCGGAGCCGACCAAACCGCAAAGAAGGCCGAAACCAACCAGUCUUGUUUUGGGUUCGUUUCAAUGUUAGAGAAAAUAUCGGAAAAUAAUAAUUUUAAGCGUUUCGUUGAAUUUUUUGAUUAGAUUUAUGAUCGAUCACGAUUAUAUCUGAAAAAAAAAUUUUAACCCCAGUCGGUGUAUGUGAAGUUUUAUGAAUGUACAAAGAGAAUUUUUUACAGGGCUCCAAUUACAACUGGACUCACCCCGCUGCUUCCAAAGUUGGACGAGAAGGGCGAAGUUGAAAAAAAAGAAGCAAAUUUGAAAUUAAUUGUUGAUUCAAACAGAACGAUGAUAUUUUCGCUCCGAUCGUUACGUCACGCUACAAUGUUAACACUCAACUGAAAAAUGUCGAGGGAGAGCCCAAACCGGAUGAUGAAGGUAACGGAAAAAAUUAUUCUUGAAAAUAUCUGAAAUUUUGUCUUGUUUCAGUGAAUCAAUCGAUUGGAUUCGGCGCGGAUUCGUUUUCUGCGAAUCCAUCUUUUUCUUUCGGGGCGCCGCCGCCUUCUAGCCAACAGAACUUGAUUCCAGUGAUUCCUGCUCCAACUGCGAAAAAAAGUGAAUAAUUGGAGAAGCUUGGAUCAUAAGAAUGAUAUCAAUUUUUUUGUAUAUUUUUUUGAGUUUUUGAGUUGUCAUUCUACUAUAUACUUCGAAUACACAGGAAAGGAGACUAAUAUUUUUUUCAGUAUAAACGAAUAACCUUUUUUUAAGUCGAGGCUUCUGAUAGAAUAGCCGCUUCUUUAUGAAUCAUAAGAAAGAUAACGAUUUUUUUUUCGCAAAGAUUCACUAUUCCGUGUUAUUCUAUCAUUUACCACAAGUCUAAUGAAAAGGGACAAUUUGAAAUUUUUCAGUCUUAAAAUAUCAUAUUUUCAAAGCGAGCUAUUUGACAGAAGAGUCCAAAGCAACCGCUUCUCUUUUAACUUUUUUAGAGUUUCGAUUUUCUGAGCUGUUAUUCUGCCAUUUACCGGAAACCCUUUGAUCAGUGAAAUUUUUUAGCCUACCGCCAGCAUUGCGGCCCGUUUUGGCACAGCUAG